AUGUCUGACCAGUUAACCAUUCACACAUAUAAAGAAGAAGAAAGAAACGGUUUGAGUUUAAAGCAGCGUAUUUGUGAAGUUGAAGUGGUUGUGGGUCUCUGUUCUAUCUUGAGCUGCCGAUUCGCUGUUCGUUGUUCUCAGAGUCGCCGAUUCGCUGUUCUAUCUUUGAAGGUUUCAUCGAUUCACCAUUUCUCUAAAGGUUUCAUCGAUUCGUUCUACAUCUACUGCAUACAGACUUCUUGCUGCAUUGAGGAAAUCUUGAAGUUCUUGAAGAAGAAGGACUUUGAUGUGACAAUUUCAGAUGAUGCCGGCCGUUUUGUGUGCAAUUAUGUAUAUUGUCAUUCUCUCCGUUUUGCGGAACAGAAGGGUCACAAAUCUUUAUUUGUCCAUGUGCCUCUAUUUUCAAGAAUCGAUGAGGAAACCCAGAUGCAUUUUGUAGCCUCCCUUUUGGAAGCUAUUGCAUCUACGUGUUAUUGAUAUGAGUGCUUAUUUGAACAUUUCUUGUUUGUUUGCCAUCUUCUGGUGCAUGUGAAUCAUUUGUGUCAAUACCAAUCUAGUUGUAAAACAUCUACCUAUAUGAACUUUGUGGUCUGCUGUUUGUUCAUUUGUGGUCCUUCCUAUUCAGAGCAAGUCAUCAAUAUGUAAAAUUCAGGUGUAUGUUAUGUCAAGAAACUGCUGCCCAAUUUCUCAAAGU